CCCGUGUCCCUGUCCCCAUGUCCCUGUCCCCAUGUCCCCGUGUCCCAGACUGGCUGCUGGACCGGCGGCACUGCGGGCGGCGCUGGCAGGCAUGUCCCUGUCCCCACUCCCUGUCCCCAUGUCCCCAUGUCCCCGUGUCCCUGUCCCCAUGUCCCUGUCCCCAUGUCCCCGUGUCCCAGACUGGCUGCUGGACCGGCGGCACUGCGGGCGGCGCUGGCAGGCGCAGGUGCAGGCGGUGCGGCAGCGGAUGCAGGCGGCGCUGCAGGACAUGCCCGAGCACCCCGAGAUCCGAGAGCUGCUGCGGGGCUCCUUCCUGCACUACUUCCACUGCCUGCGCAUCGUGGAGAUCCUCAAGGGCACCGAGGCCUCCACCAAGAACCUCUUCGGGCGCUACUCCUCACAAAGGAUGAAGGACUGGCAGGAGAUCGUGUCCCUGUACGAGAAGGAAAACGCUUACCUGGGUGAGGGGGGAACGGGGAACCCCACCCCCCAAAGCAGCCCCUCGAGGGGUCGCACUGGGACCAGAGUGUCCCUGUGGUGUCCCCGGGGUGUCCCCAGUGUCCCCUCGGUGUCCCAGGGGGAGGACGUGCGCCGGGAGCUGCUGGCUCAGGUGCAGGCGCUGCCGUCGCUGCUGUCCCGCGUUGGGGACGGCGCCAGCGCCCUCGGGGACGCCAUCGAGCUGUACGAGGCCAGCGUGGCCUUCGUGUGUGACAGGUGGGGACAGCCUGACACCCCAAAACCGCCCCAAAACUGCCCUGACACCACAGAACCCCCGGGGGACCCCGGGGGGCCCCGCCGCGCCGUUUGGGGCCGUGGCUCAAGGGGAGGGUUUGGGGCUCUUUUCCCGCAGAUCGAUUGGGGGGAUUUCCCCGCGGAGCCGCCCCAGGGCGGGGACAGCGACUGGGGCAUCACGGUGGAGCCGAGUCCUCAGGGGGACGAUGGCAUCGAUUGGGGCGAUGGAGAGAAGGGGACAGUCACAGCAGAGCCCGGUGCCCAGGAUGGCAUCGAUUGGGGUGACGGAGAGAAGGGGACAGUCACAGCAGAGCCCAGUGCCCAGGGGGACGAUGGCAUCGACUGGGGUGACGGAGGGGGACAGGAGGGGACAAUCACCGUGCUGGAGGCUGGAGCUGAGGCCCCCGAGGACGUGGGGACACUGCGGGCGGCCACCAGGGGAACCUGCGAGUGGCCACCAGAGGAACCUGCGGGUGGCCCCGCCCCGCACGGGGGUGGCCCCGGCGGUGACCCCGCCCUGUCCCCGCAGCUGGAGCUGUUCCUGGCGCAGCGGCUGCUGGAGAUGGAGGACGAGGCCGACGUGGUGGCCAUGAGCCAGCUGCAGCUGGCCCCGGCCGUGCUGCAGGGCCAGAGCAGCGAGCGGGUGCGGGCCCUGCUGGCCACGACGCGGGAGCUGCUGGCCCAGCUCUGCUCCCGCAGCGUGCAGCACCUCUGCAUGAUCCUCGCCUCGCCCAGGUGCCCCAAACUGCCCUAAAAGAGCAACAAAACAGCCCUAAACAGGCCCAAAAUAGACCCUGAAAUAACUAAAAUAGACCCAAAACGACCCCUAAAAUGGCCAAAAAAUAGCCCUAAAGUAGCCCUGAAACAGCCCUAAGCAGCCCCCAAACAGCUCUAAAACAGACCCUGAAAUAACCCCUAAAAUAGACCCAAAAUGGCCCCUAAAAUAACCUUAAAAUAGCCCUAAAAGACCCCAGCUGUCCCCAUGCCAUCCCGUGUCACCCCUCUGUCCCUGGUGUCCCCAGGCCAUGCAGUGUGACCCAACUGUCCCCAGGCUGUACAGGGAUGACCCCUCUGUCCCCUCUGUCCCCUCUGUCCCCAUGCCAUCCUGUGUCACCCCUCUGUCCCCGUGCCAUUCCAUGCCACCCCUCUGUCCCAGCUGUCCCCAGGCUAUCCCAUGUCACCCUGCUGUCCCCAUACCAUGCAGUGUGACCCUGCUGUCCCCGUGCCAUCCCGUGUCACCCUGUGUCCCAUCUGCCCUCUCUCCCCGCUGUCCCCACUCCAUCCCGUGUCCCCUCUGUCCCUGCUGUCCCCU